CUGUCCGUCCGGAGCGGAACUGGCGACGCUGGCAAAACUGGCGAAGCUUGCGAAUGGGCCGCUGACCCGCUCCGUAUCAACCGGCUUUGCUUUUACUAGCCCCCUCUGCGGGCUCACGAAACAACGAUAGCCGCGAUGACUACGUUUCGCCGACACCAUUGCGAUCCGGGCAAGUGUCAGACGAUGGCUAUCUGCGCAGAGUCGCUGCUUGUAACCUCUCACACCUCUUUUGUGCUUGCCAUACCCCCCCGCAACCUGCCACAGCAUCCGUCUACAACCACCCCGCCGUAAGCCCCGGUACCGGAUCUUGCGGGAGACGGGAGAGUGGAGGGAACACAGAGGCACCGCUAUGCCAGAAAAGCCCCUCACGAUAGCCACCUAUGCUGCCGGAGCCUCUCUCGCUGCUAUUACCCUCGUCUACGUCUUCGGCCCAACCUUCUUCCUGGACAAUGAGGCCUCCAACUCCCACAAGAAAGGCGUCGUCGGCCUCAGCAACGCCGCCAACGACUGCUUCAUCAAUUCGAUACUCCAGGCGUUGGCAGGGCUGCCUGAUUUGCGCAUAUACCUGAUACGGGAGACCCACCGCCGGAAGCUUGACGGGCCGGAGGUGUACCAUGUUGACCGCGAAAGAGUGGGUGCGGAGAAGCGGCCGGUGAAGCCAUGGAAGCUGGAGGGAUUGCAGAAGGGCAUGGUCACGUAUGCGCUCAAAGAAGUCUUGGACAAGCUGAACGAACGCCCAAUCUAUAAGAAGACUAUUUCUCCGCAGCCAUUCAUUCGGGCUCUUGAGCGCGCUUUCGGCACCCGGAUCAGCCGGCAGCAGCAGGAUGCGCAAGAAUUCUUACAAAUUGUGACUGAGCGGCUGUGUGACGAGUACCACGCAGGGAGCAGGGCCAGGCGGCAUGCACAGAAACUCGGGAUCACAAUCACAAAGGGGGACACGGAGUCAGAAAAGCUGGAAAUUGCGGAGCAGUUUGGCGUAAUCCCUGCCGACAUUCCAACAGAAGAUGUCGAAAAGGAAAAAGAGUGGGACACACUAGAGGACGAAAUUCCGGCGGAUGAGGAAGGCUUUCCCUUCGAGGGCAAAAUUGAAUCCCAGAUCGAAUGUCUGACUUGCGGUUUCAAACCCAAACCGGCCGUAUCGACCUUUGUCACUCUGACAUUGAACGUGCCCCAGAAGUCUUCCACAUCAUUAAACACAUGCUUCGAUGGGAUGAUGAAAGUCGAACACAUAGAUGACUUCAAAUGCGAGUACUGCCGUUUGGAACUCGCGCUUCGAAGUAAGUUAAAAGAGCUGAGCCGCGCUUCGGCCCCAGAGACAAAAGAGCGAGUAGAUUCAGACAUCAAAAAGAUUCGAGCCGCCCUUGACCAAGACCCUGAGAAACCCCCAGAAGACGUCGAGCUCCCUGAUUCGAGCGCAGCACCACGCCGUCGAAUUGCCCGUCACAUGUACAUCUCUUCUUUUCCAAAAGUCCUUGCUAUUCACCUAUCACGUUCCAUGUUUGCCAUGGGAAGUGUUUCCACAAAGAACCUGGCCAAGGUGUCUUUCCCCGAGUCUCUUCCGUUGGGUGGUCUACUCAAGCGGAAGAACUACCGGCUUCUUGGAAUAAUUACUCACAAAGGAAGCCACAAUAGCGGUCACUACGAGUCUUUUCGUCGCCAGGUACAGCCUAUUCCUUAUUCUACUCCCCACUCCUUUGGCGCAGGAGGUGUAUACAGCGUUCAAGGGAGUCCAAAUCCGUCCGCGGUUCAGAGUCCCAGAAUCUCCACAGUAAACCUUGUCAAUCCAAGUGGGCGAGUAUCACCUGUACCCUCAACACCCGCCGUCGAUUCUCCAUCUGCCCGAUCUCUCUCUUCUCAAUCAUCUUUGGCCUCGCGUGGCCCCGCUCCAACUUCCGCACCUCGCGACGACGAUACUCUGCAGCCGCCCUCAUCGUCGCCGUCCUCAUCAAGACCGAAAAGCAUAAGGUCUCUCAAGGAGAAGGCUACUGCAUCCGUCACUGAUCUUACCCAGCUAAAACGAAAGCCGAAGCGCACUACCAAUCGGUGGUGGCGAAUAAGUGACGAUAAGAUCAAAGAAAGUAAGACUAGUGAAGUCUUGAACAUGCAAAAGGAGGUAUACUUGCUAUUCUACGAGUUAGACAAGCGAAACGAUGAGGACGCAUAGAGAGAUCUAUGUUUUUACAUCUUUGAGACGGCGUUGGACGCAUGGCAAAAAGGGAUAUUGAGGGUGGGUUUCUUGGAUCAUUGGAAGCAUCUAGUUAGAUCUUAGAUACUCGUUUGCUCUCGAGACACGUUACCUGUAUUCUAUACCUUUGUGUAGACAUUGGAAUUCUUAGAGGUGGAUUAUUUCAUCGUAAUCG